AUGCUCUUGAUAGACCCCCAACAGUCAUCGGAUAAGGUAAAUGCAAUGGUGAACCUUGAAGAUAUUGAACAACUAGAACACAAAGGUCUAAAUGCUGAAGCAUUUUGGGUAGCUUUAGAUGGUAAACUGAAACAAAGUAGAGCAAAAUUCAAAGAAAAGAUUAAACUCUUGGCCUCCGAUUAUAAAGGGGAAGAUAUUACAGUGGACAUUCAGGUGACGAUUAGAACAACAAUAAACGGAAUUUGUGAGUGUGCUCAAUGGCAAGUAGUCAAUUACUUCGUAGGAAAUAGUGCUUCAUCUGAUUUCAAAAGACUCAUACUAGACGAAGAUCUCGGAUACAGUCCGUAUGUUGGUGUGGCAUCACCACUGAAUGAAGCAAAGACCCGUUUUGAAGGUCACGUGUUUUGUUUUUUACCACUACCACGUGAAGGGUCAAGACUAACGGGGUUGCCUGUACAUGUCAACGGGUUCUUUGCGUUGAGUCAAAACAGACAUCACUUGAAGUGGGAAACAGAUGAACAGAAAGGGAAGAAGAUCGACGAUAAGAACAUCCUGUGGAACAAAUAUCUCAUUAAGGAAGCACUCCCAAGGGCAUAUAGUAGGUUAAUACAAUGUGUUGUGGAUGUUUCUAACACUCUUGACAAGAAAGAGACCUUUUUAACGUACUUGUGUUCGGACGGAAGAUAUUACCAAAAAGUCGAAGGUCUAGAACUUCUACCUCUAGCAAGCGGUGGCUGGACGAGCUACAAGUCGCAGCGGGAUGUUGUCUACAUGUGUACUGACGAAGAAAUAGAAAUUCUUAAAGGUCUAGAAAAGAUUAUGGUUAUGAAGCCCUCUUCGCUUGGCACACCGCUGUCGCAUCAUUUGGACCAGAUUUGUUCAAAUGAUCUGUUUCAAAUAAAAAAACUGACAGCUUCAGACAUGCGACAGUUACUGGAAACGACAAUAACAAACCAGCUAGGGACAAAUCCUCGUAUAACACAAAAUUCAAAAUUGUCGUUCGCAUGGCUUCACCAUACCUGGAAAUAUAUAAUUGAAAAGAACUAUGUAUCUCACGUGAAGAACGUUCACAUUGUUCCCGUACUGACUACAGGCACAUGGGUGUCACCUGAAUCUGUUGAUUUGAUUUUGCUAUCCAACAUGCUCCUUGUUAGAUUAAGUAAUAAAGAUGAACUUCCCGAAGGACUAUGCAGAUGUUUUGAAAAUAUGGGCGUGAAAGUGAUAGGCAGCUUACCCGAAUGGGUUCCCAGAGAGAAAGUUAAGGCUCACUUUUUUUGGCCAUCGCAAAAGAGUAUAAUAGCCUUGCUAACAAAAUUAGGAACAACUGAAAGCGCAGAAGAGACCACUGAAAUAUUCAAUGCAAGAUGCAAAUGGCAAGACAAGUGUGUUUUAACUGCCUGCCUAGCAAAAUGUCAUCAUAUUUUGACAGAAGAGGCAAUCGAGUUUUUAACAACACUGACAAUCUUUCGCGCGAUUAGUACAAUAGAAGACACGGGGACAGAUACAGCUCUGUCAAAUACAAGUUGCUAUAUAAAUGUCAAAGAGCAGUUUCCAGAAGGUGUCCAUUUUCAAAAUCCAUGUAUAGCAGCCGACAGUUCAAAGGAAGCCCUACUCUCAACUCUUGGGGCCAGAAAACUUGAACUAGAUGAACUCGUUCUAGCAACACUGAAUGGUUUCCAAACCGAAGGCGGUCAGAACGCAAAUGAAAUUCCAAAAUUUAUGGAUUACCUCAUCAACAAAUUCCAUUUAUUUCAGACAAAUCCCCAAAUAAUCAAUUCGGCUUCGAAUAUUCCAUUCUUAAGGGCUGGCAACAAGCGAUGUAAAGCAUCGGACUUAUUCGAUCCAUCGGACUGUCGUCUUCAGCACUUACUCAUUGGUGAUGCUCUUUUACCUGAAACUAAAAAACGAUUGAGCAAUGAAAAAGUGCGCAACUCAUGA